AUGAACCCUACUGGCAAGAAGAAGUGCCUCAGGUGCUGGCUCAUGGUCACUGCCUCCGUGAUCUUUCUGACCAACCAUAUGAUCUACACUGCCCCAAAAUACCAGCUGACCCCCCUGGAGCUAAUAGUCAUCUUCACGGUGUUCAUGUGUGCAAUCUUCCUUGUGUUUCGCACGAUGAAGCAGAUGUGA